GUUUCCCACAAUCCUUCGCGUCACAAUAGUUGCCAGUCAUUGCGGAUUCAGUGCAGUUUAGCGGAGUGACUCUGCACAUCAAACUCUCCUUAACAAAUCACCACAGCUUCUUCUCUCCGCUCACCGACACAGUUCGUCCGCGCUCAGCAUGAAGGAGACAGCGGCCAAGCGGCGGGACAAAGGCCGGGACUCCAAACAGGAGAAGCCCAAGGAGCCGAAGGAAGCGGGCCCCGAGCCGCAGGACGUGGAGAUGCCGGAGGAGGAGGCGGCUACAGCGGCCAAGCAGCCAAAGGAGCUGGACAGCGUGACGCUGGACGACAUUAAGGAACAUGUGAAGCAGAUCGAGAAGGCGGUUUCUGGGAAGGAGCCUCGGUUCGUUCUGCGAGCUCUCCGAGCGUUACCGUCCACCAGCCGCCGCCUCAACACCAAUGUGCUGCACAAAGCCAUCUGUGGCUUCUUCACCAACAAUGCCACCACCAGAGACUUCCUGCUGGGCUUCCUGGAGGAGCCGAUGGAGAUGGCGGAUGGAGAUGUCCAGUUUCGCCCGAGGACGGGGAAGGCGGCGGCAGCUCCUCUGCUGCCGGAGGUGGAAGCCUACCUGCAGCUGCUGCUGGUGGUUCACCUGACCAACCAGAAGAGAUACACCGAGGCUCAGAAAGUGUCGGACGACCUGUUGCAGAAGAUCGGUUCUAAGAACCGCAGAGCUCUUGACCUGGUCGCAGCUAAAUGUUACUAUUAUCACGCCCGAGUGUACGAGUUCCUGAACCAGUUCGACACCAUCCGCAGCUUUCUCCACACCCGGCUGCGGACGGCGACACUGCGUCACGACGCCGACGGUCAGGCCGUUCUCCUGAACCUGCUGCUCAGAAACUACCUGCACUUCAACCUGUACGACCAGGCAGAGAAGCUGGUGUCCAAGUCCGUGUUCCCCGAGCUCGCCAACAACAACGAGUGGGCCCGUUACCUCUAUUACACAGGUCGGAUUAAAGCGAUCCAGUUGGAGUAUUCUGAGGCUCGCAGGACUCUGACCAACGCUCUGAGGAAAGCUCCUCAACACACUGCCGUGGGCUUCAAACAGACGGUUCAUAAGCUGCUGAUCGUGGUGGAGCUGUUGUUGGGAGAAAUUCCUGACAGACUUCAGUUCAGGCAGCCGUCACUCAAAAGGUCCCUGAUGCCGUACUUCCUGCUCACACAGGCGGUCCGGACAGGUAACUUGGCCAAGUUUAACCAGGUGUUGGAGCAGUUUGGGGAGAAGUUCCAGACCGACGGGACAUACACGCUUAUCAUCCGCCUGAGACACAACGUCAUCAAGACCGGUGUGCGGAUGAUCAGCCUUUCGUACUCUCGCAUCUCUCUGGCUGACAUCGCUCAGAAGCUGCAGCUCGACAGCCCCGAGGAUGCAGAGUUCAUCGUUGCCAAGGCGAUCCGUGACGGCGUCAUUGAGGCCAGCAUCAACCACGAGAAAGGCUUCGUCCAGUCAAAGGAGACCAUGGACAUCUACGGGACCAGAGAGCCUCAGCUGGCGUUUCACCAGAGAAUCUCCUUCUGCCUGGACAUCCAUAACAUGUCUGUCAAGGCCAUGAGGUUUCCCCCUAAAGCUUACAACAAGGACCUGGAGUCAGCAGAGGAGCGUCGUGAGCGCGAGCAGCAGGAUCUGGAGUUUGCCAAAGAAAUGGCUGAAGACGAUGAUGACAGCUUCCCGUGAGCCACUACGCUGACUUCCUGUGCAGACAGGAAGUUGCCGUGUGUCAGUAGAUCAGUUAUUACCCACAAUCCCCCUCUCCUGCUUUGUGUUUUCCUGCUGUCAUGUCACAGCUCUAACUCUGCUGCUGUUUGUUGUUUCUCUCUCACGUAAAU